GACGCUCAAGCCGGACAGAGUGCUGUAGUUCAGCAUGGGUGCCUUGUUCAGCCGACCCAAGGAGGCCGACUACGACACCGUCCUCGCCAAGCUCCAGACCCAGAUCGCCGCCCGCCAGGCCCGCCUGCAGCAGAUCCGCGUCCGCGAGCGUCGCCUCAACGCCCUCCUCAUCACCUACGGCGUCGUCGCCUGGAUCCUCUACACCGUCCUGUGGUACUUUGGCAUCGUCGGCGUGCGCGGUACCGUGGCGGGCCUCCCUGCAGCCGCGGCGGGAGCAGCGCCUGUCGUCCUGGGUCCGGUCGCCAUCAUCUUCACUCGACGAGCCUCGCGCUGGUUCUACCACCGCAAGCAGGACAAGGAGGAGACGCAGGUCAAGGUUCUCGUCAAGCAGAAGCAGGACAAGGUCGAGGAGAUCAAGAAGAAGACGGGCUACUACAGCACGCGGGACCUGCUCGAGAAGUACGACGAGGCGUUGAGGAAAGGGCCUUCAUCUGCGCCGUCGACGCCCGCCAAGCAGCAGGCCAAGCCUGGCGCAAAGCCUACGCCCGUUCCCUUCCCUGGUUCGCCGAGCACGCCUCAAGCCGUCGCCGCCCGUCCCGGCACGCCCGCCGCCGCUGCCGCCAUGACGCCUCAGCAGCGCGCCUCGGCCGCCAUCCCGAGCGCUCCCGGCACCCCGGCGCAGCUCGCCUUCCCGCCCGGCGCCGCCCCGACCGGCGCCUUCCCGCCUGCGCCGUUCCCGCCCGCCUCGCCUCAGCCGCGCACGCUCCUCGACAAGGUCGCCGACGCCCUCCUCGGCGUGUCGCCCGAGGACACCAACCCGAUGAACCGCUACGCCCUGAUCUGCGGCCAGUGCUACGCGCACAACGGCCUCGCUAAGAAGGACGAGUUCGACUUUGUCCAGUACCGCUGUCCUCGCUGCGGCCACUUCAACCCGCCGCGCCGCGCCCCGGCCUCGGCCUCGCUCUCGGCGGGCGACCCGCACCGCCACCGCCGCGUCGUGUCCGAGGCGGCACCUUCGCCACUCAGCCUAUCGUCGACUCGACCCUGGGGCGUCGACAAGGCGGACGAGCCGCGCGAGGUGGACGAGGACGAGGACCGCGAGGGCGAGAUGCGCGAGGUGUCGCCGGCGGCCACGAGGGCGGCGAGCGCUGCCGGCAGGGCUGGCGAGAAGGAGGGGACGAGCACGACGGCGCUCAAGGAGGGUGGCGAGGCGCGUCGGAGGCGCAGGAAGGACAAGGUGGACGCCGACGAGGACGACCGGAUGGAUGUUGACGGGAGCGAGUGAGGGACGUCGUCGCUCGGCCCUGCUUUAUGUGCAACGCGCUUCACCAUGCACCUGUC